AUGGUCCGUCUCGUAUCGCUCCCUGCUGCUAUUGCUACUCUUCUUUACGCUGCUGUUACUGCUUCGGCAGCACAGACCUCUGAUGAUGGCCAAUUCAACAUCUCGUCUCCUAACAACGGUGGUAUCUUUGUUGCUGGUCAAAUCUUGCCAUUGACUUAUAGCAUGGACGAUGCCACCUCUUCUUCCUUUGGCUUGAACAUCUACCUUACAUCCUCUACUGUUGCCAAUGCUACCACCACGGCCAUUGCUGCUCCUGCGGAUGUUUCCAAGGAUGCUUCUUCGGCUUUAACCGAGGAUGGUAAAACCAUCUAUCAGCACAUCAUCAAUUACGCCCUUCCUGCCUCGACUGCUGCUGGCUCCUACAGUGUUAUUUUUGAAGCUACCAACACCAAUGUAAACACGACCAUUCCUGUCACUAUCCGUGCUGCUGCCGCUGCUUCUUCUUCUUCCUCAUCACUGGCUUCUUCAAGCGCUACCGGCUCGUCGUCCAGCUCCCCGUCAUCGAGCAGUGAUAAUAAUGGAAGCAGCGCUGGCCAUCUUGCGGUUUCCGCCGGUUUCCUUGGCGCUGUAAUUGCUUCGGUCGCUGCUGUUUUCUAA